AUGGCUGUCACCAGAGUAAUCGAAACUCAGCCAGCAAUAUGGAGCGGUACUAUUAACGUCGAGCUCUGCCCCUCCAUAGCCGCGCUACUACACAGGGCGCAACAAAGCGAGAAGGUCCUGCUCUCCUUAUGGGCGAUGGACAAACAGGCGAGGCUGUCGUCCUCCGCCUCCUCCUCUUCGCAACAGGCUAGCUCACGUACUGGGCAUAACUUCUAUCGCAAAAAAGCGUUUGCCGCGGAGGCUUCUCCUUCUCAAGACGAGGAUACCGCUCUGGCGAUGGUUGCGGAAGCACCUAAAACAGGCAAACCACAGUAUCCCUGCGGGAGGCGUAGUAGACGGCUAUCACUUUGCGAGAGACGAUUCGAGGGUGAGCCCCCGCCCCCCGAAGAAUGGCCACUGCUGGAUAUGCACGAGUCCGAAGCAUCUAAUGAGGGACUGCGUGCACUUUGGCAGGUGGGAUAA